UAUGUAUUUCGUGAUUGCCUGUGUUGCCGUCGCAAUCUAGUGUAUCAUUAUAUGGAGCACAUCAAAGCAGAAGACCUAAGCUGGUUGAGUUGCUGCAGCGCGGAAAUCUAUGCCUCUAAAAAGCUUGCCUGAUUAACUGUUGCCCUUUGCUUUCUCUAAUAGAUAGAGGCUGUGGAUUUCCUGGAUACCAUGCGCACCUAUUUAGCAAAUUGCAAACCGAAUGAAACUAGGGAAUUUGUAUAUGCAGUGUCAAUGACCCUAAAGGCGCGCUGGUUCACGGCAAGUGGUUCUAAGGUGGGAUUAUUCGAAAAAUGCGACAAUGUCACAAGAACUGUGGAUGUCAAUCCCUACUCGGUAUGCAGUGAAGGAGCCCGUGGGCAGUACCGGUACGACCCCGCGUACAAGUCCGGCAUUUUCUCCAACAGCACUCACGCACUGACUGUCGAAACAGAGCAGAGUAUAAAAGCUAAGCUAUGCGCCGUGAAAGCAGAGUUCAUCGACAUGGACUACGGCGUUGCUGUGUACGACAUCGACGCAGACAUGGACGACAGUCCUUGCGCCAAAGUGGAAUACACUGGCCAAUAUAAAAGGCUGAAGCUUAUCAGGAAGAUAAAUGACUUUAUGAAGGCUUAUACAACGAAAUCUAUGAAAUCACAGUGCGAAAACCUUUAACGCGAACGAUAAGGACAUUAGCCGCUUUUUAGAUGGCGAUCCCUAUUAAACGUAUGACUUGUUUUAACAUAACAGUCUACGAACGAGAGUGCCUGGUCUUUACUUAUACAUUGUUUGCUAAUAGGCCAAACUACUGCUUCAAUGACGAUAACGUAUAGCUUUAAUUUCAACUUCCUACGCGCACUUUAAUCAUUCAGCAGUGCCUUCUUUCUCUGUAACUUAGUAUUUCUUGUCGCCGGACAUAUAUGUGCACUUGAACAUCACAAUGAUGUCAGCUGGCGUGCUUUGAUGUGUGUUUUUUUUUUUCAGUUCCUCCCAGCUUCUGUGCAAUAAAUAUUAUUCUGCACCUCAGUAAGCUGAUGCAAUGAAUAUUUUUGUGA